UCCACUGUUUCCUAAACCCUCCACUUGUAACCCGGAUUUGUGGGCGCUUUAAAUUUCUCACUUUGUUAGUCUCUGAAAUACUAAAAAAAUAUCUUGCGCCGCUAUGGCUGGACUUGCCAGACUGAGAGCCGGCGCUUCGCUGCUCCGCCGACCCUGGAGGACCCGCGCCUACGGAUCGGCGGCUGCGGCUCAGCUCCAGUACGACUACGACGACGAGGAAUAUGAGUUUGAUGGGGAAAAUAGCUGGCCAAAGCCUAGAGUUGGCACGGCUGGGUCUCCGCCGAGGAGGGGAGUCCAGUGGGUGCUUAUUGGAGACCCCGGUGUAAAGAAACACGUCUACGCUGAGAGUCUGUCGAAGCUUCUUGAAGUUCCUCGCAUUUCUAUGGGAAGUCUCGUUCGACAAGAGCUUAACCCUCGCUCUUCUCUCUACAAACAGAUUGCAAAUGCUGUCAAUGAAGGAAAGCUUGUUCCGGAGGAUGUAAUUUUUGCAUUGUUGUCAAAGAGGCUGGAAGAGGGAUACUAUAGAGGAGAAAAUGGGUUCAUUCUAGAUGGAAUUCCUCGCACAAGGAUUCAAGCAGAGAUUCUUGAUCAAAUUGUAGAUAUCGAUCUAGUUGUGAAUUUUAAGUGCAAUGAAGAGCAGUUGGUUGAAAAGAAUCUAGACUGUGAAGCUUUUUCUUCUCGUUGGGAAUUUCUUAGCAUGAGGAGUUCCAGGUUCUCCACGGAUAAUGCUGCCACCGCCUGGAAUGAAAAAUUCCGUAUCUAUGCUGAGCAGGGCAAAUUAUUGGAAGAUUACUACAGGAAACAGAAGAAACUUGUUGACUUUCAAGUGGCAGAUGCACCUGGAGAAACCUGGCAAGGCUUGUUGGCUGCAUUACACCUUCAGCAUAUGAAUGCUGUUAGUACUUCGCCAAAGCUGAGUGCAUAAUUUGGAGUUCUAUCGUGAUGUAGAAGAGAUCAUUCUUUCUCUUAUUCCGGCCUAAUGGUAAAUAUGUACAACCGUGAGUCAUAUAGUAAGUUGAAAUUCUGUUUGAAUUUGCCUGUUUGGAUCUGAAUUUUGUCUUGUGUUUUUCCUUACGUUUAUGCAAUCCAGGAUGCUCAGCGUGUAAUAUAAAUUUUGAUUGAGAGAUGAAAAAGAAAUACUUUGUUUCCACAAUA